UUGUUAUGACUGGGGAAUAAAACCAGCAGAAAACAGACCGCGACGUAAGGAAAAUGCAUAACGAAUAGAUGGUAAAAAUACAUUGCUAGCACAGACUCGUUGGGGGCAGGUUCUGGGCAGACUGCUAUGGGAAGAUAAAACAACAGUCUUUCAGACGCCCCCCCCCGUUCUAAUAACAAACCCACUUUACAGCCCUCAAUAACCGGGAGUCACACCAUUGCAUUUGCUGUAAGAACCAGUUUGUUCUGCAUGAUUCAUUACACACUAGGCUACUACUAGGUUGGUUCCAACCGGCUACCAACUUCUCCUCCAGGACUGCUGAUCAACCACCGUGCUGCUUUGUUUUUUAUUCUGCACGUGUUGUCAGUAUGGCUCAACUGAAGUUAUCACUUUGCGUGUUGGUGUCUAUUUCUUUCGCCUCGGUUUUGACCACAGACAGCUCCAUUCAGUUUGCGUCCGAAAGUCUCAGUUCCUCAUUGUUUCGCUCGGUGUGUAAGCCCAUCCCCAGCACACUUUCUUUGUGCCACGGCGUCGGUUACGGGGAUAUGCGGCUGCCCAACUUGCUGGGGCACGACUCGUUGAAAGAAGCCCAGCAACAGUCGGCCGCCUGGCUGCCGUUGGUCUCCAAACUCUGCCAUCGGGAUACCAAGAAGUUCUUGUGCUCGCUCUUCGCCCCGGUGUGCCUACCGGAGGGGCCCGUGCGCCCCUGUCGUGGGCUGUGCGAGGCUGUGAGGGACGGUUGUCUCCCUGUGAUGAGCGCGUUCGGGUUCCCGUGGCCCGACAUGUUCAACUGCACACAGUUCCCGCGCGGGGUCCAUCUCUGUAUUCCCACCACGACCCAAGACACACAGCGUGCGCGGAAGGGAGAGGAAGCGGGUCACGAGGAGGCAUCAGAGGGAACAGUGAUCUGUGACUCAUGCAGUCUGGCUGCUGAGGGGGAGACAGACAUCCAGAACCACUUCUGCAAGAGUCCAUAUGUCUUUAAACUGCGUAUCGGGAGUGUGUCUGUGGAAGGGGGUGACUGCAGGUUAGUCCCUCUGGGCCGGAGUCGCAUCCUGAGGUGGGAGGGUGGAGGCACGGAGAGGGCUGAGGGCGUCGGGGGGGCAAUGGCCUACAGUGCCCUUUGGCUGCAGGAAGGGGGUACCUGCACCUGUCCUGCCCUGGAGGAGGCAAAUGGGGGGGAGGGGAAGGGGUCCGUGGCAGGGGUGUGGUACCUGGCCCUUGCUGACACACAGGAGGGCAGGUUGGUCCUCACUAGGCUGGUGAGAUGGAGGAAGGGGGACAAAGAACUCAAGAAGUUCAUCAGGAGACUGCUCAAACAAGCCUGCUGAUGCUGUCAUCAAACAAGCAUAGAGAGACUUUCCAAUUUGGCCAAUUGGAUGCGUAUGAGAGGACACCACAGUCCUGUUACAUUUCAGCCUCUAGGCCUAGACCCUAUCCCUUCAGUAUCCCUUUCAUAGUCAUAUCAUCUAGCUCUGGAGAAGUCGUGCCUUCAUCAUAGGGCUCCAGAGUGGUGCAGCGGUUUAAGACACUGCAUCUCAGUGCAAGAGGUGUCACUACAUUCCCUGGUUCAAAUCCAGGCAGAAUCACAUCCGGCUGUGAUUGGGAGAACCAUAGGGUGGGGCACAAUUGGUCCAGCGUCGUCCGGGUUUGGCCGUCAUUGUAAAUAAGAAUUUGUUUUUAGCUGACUUUCCUAGAUAAAUAAAGGUAAAAUAAAAAAAAUUAUGAAGUAUCUAUCCAGUCUGUUCAGAUCUAUGAAGACCUGCUAUGCAGAGAGACCAUCAGAGGACCAGUGUGUUUGUUUGGAUCUAUGUUCUGGGCACCUGUCACAUAUGAAUUAUUAAGUGUAUUAAAUUCUGAAUAUUCUUCUUCUUUUUUAAAUCAAAUGUGAGAACAUGAUUAUGAUUUGUGUGAGCCGAGUGAGGACACAGUUACCAGUGAGGCACAGAGCAGCAUUAGUUCCAUUCUAAGCAGAGUAUUAUUGUCUGAUAGUAACAUCAGAAACUGCUGUGUAACAAUGUCUAAUAAACAUUAUUUUGAGCUGUAAA